CUCGAUCUAGGGUUUUCCAAAUCGAUUUUGGUACCUUUUUUUUGACUCAGUCGAGGGUUUUUCUAGGGUUUCGAUUAGCUUUUUUGCCAAUUGCCGUUGAGGAAGAUACUUCUUCGGUGAAUUUGAUUUGAUUUUGACCUGAGGGAGAAGCAAGAAGCUUAGACCAAUUGGGAUUCUCAGUUUGGUAAGUCAACGUGCAAUUCAUAGGAAUUCAUCAUCGGAUUGAUUUGGUAAUCGCAUUCUUGUGAUAUUUUUUCGGGGAAUUGUGUUUUGGCUCGAUAACGAUGAAUGGUGUCUAUAGAUUCAUUGUUGAAGAUAUCUGCAAGAUUUUUGGAGCAAAGGCAUAAAAGCAUUACUUGCUUGAUUUUUUUUUUUAGUUUGUUUUAUAUUCUAAUUUGAUGGUGUGAAGACGAUUAACUCUGAAAAGCGAAUGAACUGUUGGGUUUCUGGUUUAUAGCAAACGAUGGGUAAAGCGCGGAAACACUCUAGAGGGAGACCAUCAGGCUUUGUUCCUGAUUACAUGCAAGCUGUUGAGCCUGAUGAAUUUGUUUACUCAGAGAGGAUGAAUUCUGAGGCGUCUCCUCCACUGAAAAGGAGACGUUUUGGUUUGAAUGGAGAUAACAAUGGCGUUUCUAAAGAGGUUUUGUCUCUGUCAAAGAUGUCGAGGUCUGAGAGAAAGAAUUUAGUUCACAAGUUGAAGAUGGAGCUUCAACAGGUCAGGGACCUUAGUAAGAAGAUUGCAUCUUUCAGUUCAGACACUGUUCUGUUGUCGCCAUACAAUGAUCAUAGCUGCAGUGAUGGGCCUAGGAGGCCGCCACCAGAAAACUUUGCUACAUUUGUUGGGUCACAGGGCAAAAAGCGCCCUCCUGUGCGCAGUGAUAAGCAGCGGAAUAAGAAAGGUCCAUCUCGAUUAAAUGUCCCAACAAGUUAUACUGUUGCUUCAGUGAUGAAGGAGUGUGAGACGUUACUCAAUCGUUUAUGGUCACAUAAGUCGGGGUGGCCAUUUCGUACUCCAGUUGAUCCAGUGAUGUUGAAUAUUCCAGACUAUUUUAAUGUGAUUAAACAUCCAAUGGAUCUUGGAACGAUACGAAGCAGGCUGUGUAAAGGUGAAUACUCUAGUCCUUUGGACUUUGCAGCAGAUGUGCGUCUUACAUUUUCAAAUUCUAUAGCUUACAAUCCACCAGGAAAUCAGUUCCAUACUAUGGCUCAGGGUAUCAGUAAAUAUUUUGAAUCGGGAUGGAAAAGUAUAGAGAAAAAAAUACCUAUGUCUAAACCACCAGUUAUUCCCCUAACCAGUUCUGCUUCUCUGGAGUCUGAAAUCCCUUUCGAAGUAGCACCGAUGAGAAAGAAGGAAGCUGCAAUGAACGAUAACAAGCUGAGGGUGGAACCUGCUAAGUUGGUCAUGACAGAUGGUGAGAAGAAAAAAUUAGGCCAAGAUCUGAUGGCAUUAGAAGAAGAUUUCCCUCAAAAGAUUGCUGAUCUCCUGAGAGAGCAAAGUGGCAGUGAUGGUCAAUCUGGAGAAGGUGAGAUUGAGAUAGAUAUAGAAGCGCUUUCUGAUGAAAUCUUGUUCAUGGUUCGGAAACUCCUGGAUGACUAUUUAAGGGAGAAAAAGAAAUCCAUGGAAAAGAGCGAACCUUGUGAGAUGGAGAUUGUUCAUGACUCUGGAUUCAGUAAUUCCCCUUUGCAGCCUAGUAAAGGUGAUCUGCAAAUUGACGAGGAUGUUGACAUAGUUGGUGGGAAUGACCCCUCGGUCUCAAGCCAUCCUCCUCUUAAGAUAGAAAAAGAUGCUGCAUGUAGAAAUAAUGAAAGCAGCAGUUCGAGUAGCUCUAGUAGUGAAUCAGGCUCUUCAUCUAGUGAUUCUGAUUCUUGUAGUUCCUCUGGGAGUGAAACAGAUUCUAUUAAAGCUUCAAAACCCACAAGUAGAGAGGAAAAAAAGCAACCAGGAGUUGGUAUAGACAAAAAAGAGGAUGAUAGCAACAGUGAGAAGAUAGUUGUAAAUGAUUCUUUGAAUGAAUUGGAUCAACUUGAGCAUACUGUUGGGGAAAAGUCAACCACCAUGGAUGCAGUAGUUCUCGUUCCAGAUGAGGAGACUGCUCCACCUGAGAGGCAAAUUUCCCCAGAUUCCCCAGAUAAGCGUUACCGCGCGGCUUUCUUGAAGAAUCGUUUUGCUGAUACCAUUAUGAAAGCUCGAGAGAAGGCUUUUACCAAGGGUGAAAAAGGGGAUCCUGAAAAAUUGAGGAUAGAAAGAGAGGAGUUUGAAAAACGGCUACGGGAAGAAAAAGAACGGUUACAAGCCGAGGCCAAAGCAGCUGAGGAGGCUCGGAGAAAAGCCAAAGCAGAAGCCGCAGAAAAAGCGAGGAGGGAAAGAGAGCAAGAGAGAGAAGCUGCACGUCAAGCUUUACAAAAGAUGGAAAAGACAGUGGAGAUAAACGAGGGCAUACGGUUUAUGGAAGACCUCCAGAUGCUUAGAGCUACAGGUACAGAAGGUGAUCAAUUACCGACUUCCAUGGAAGUGAUGAGUCCCAAGUUUAGUGAGGAUAUGUUGGGUUUGGGUAGUUUCAAGAUGGAAAGCAACAGUAAUCCAUUAGAACAUCUAGGUCUGUAUAUGAAAAUGGAUGAGGAUGAGGAUGAAGAAGAAGACCCGCCACACUUUAGCCAGAGAAAAGUAGAAGACAAUCCCUUUGACAGAAGUGAAAAACAGGAACAUAGUCCUCACAGAGUAGAAGGAGAGGAUCAACUCGUUAGCGGAAAUGAAGAGCCGGUGAGCCAAGAGGCACAUGAUAAUGGGGACCAAGAAGAUGGAAAACCCAUAAACCCAAAUGAAAUAGAACGACAACUGGAGAAUAUGCCAGAGCAAGAAAGUGGAGUUGGUGACAAGGAAGAGCAAGAAACUGAAGUUGUCGAUAUGAGAAAGCAAGAAAAUGAAGUUGUUGAUAUGGGAGUGGAAGAAGUACAUCCCCUUGACCGAAGUGAAGGGCGUACACUCAGUCCUCACAGAAAAGAGAGAGAGGACCCACGUGCUAGCGGUAAUGAAGAAUCGGUAAGCGAAAAGGCACAAGAUUAUGAGAACCAAAGAGAUGAAAAAAUCAAUCAAAGCGAGAGAGAAGAACAAUUGGAGAAUGUGCUAGAGCAAGAAAGUAGUAGAGAUGAUGAUACAGGAGAGCAAGAAACUGAAGUUGUCGGAGUAGGAAAAGAACUUUCCCUUGACAAAAGUGAAGGACAAACACUUAGUCCUCACAGAGAAGAGGGAGAGAACCAACUCGAUUGUGGAAACGAAGAACUGGUAAGCCAAAAGACACAAGAUAAUGGGAACCAAGAAGAUGAAAAAUCCAUCAAUAAAAUUGAAGGAGAAGAACAAUUGGCGAAUGUGCCAGAGCAAGAAAGUAGAGUUACUGAAAAAGAAGAACAAGAAACUGGAGUUGUCGACUUGGGAGAGCAAAAAAGCGAAGUUGUCGAAAAGGGGGUAGAAGAAAAUGAAGCUGUUGACAAUGGUGAGGGAGUGCAAGGAACUGAAGUUUCGGACAAGGGAGGAAACGAAACUGUAGUUGAUGGCAAUGGAAAGGUAGAAACCGAAGUUGUGGACAAGGCAGGGCAAAAAACUGACCUUGUUGACCAGGGAGAGGAAGAUAUAGAUGUAGAAAUUGAUUGAUGAAGUCUUUUUUCCGGGUCUUGUUAAAAGCAACAAGAUGAAAAGAAAAAGUUGGGGAUGUUUACGCAUUGAUUCUUCUAUGCACAAAAUGUAAAUUUGAUGUGGCGUGAAAUGGCUAAAGCAAGCAAAAGAAAGGCAAAGCCAGAUACAUCUAGAAGACAAGACGAUGAGUCUGUAUUGCCUAUUUUUCAACGUGACUCUGUUGACAAUGAUUCUAAAUCGACGAAAAAAGAAAAAGAAAAAAACAAUUUUGCUACAAGAAAGAUGGUUUGGUUUGGUAUUAAAGCAGCAAAUUGUGCGACUGUUGAAAUGUGCAGACUUUUGUUUUUUUUAAUCUUUUAGAAGAGUAAACUGUACAGGGAAAGAGAAAGAGUCUGUUUCCUCCAUUUAAACGAGACACUCUUUGUACUCGAGAUCACUUUUUAAAUUACUUCUGAGCACUGAUACUUUUUGAUUGA